UGUAACGACUUUAAACGGAUAUUUCGUAAAAGAUUUAAACAUGUGGUAAGGAUGAAAUGAGUUACCCUUUGGCAUUGCCGUUUCCUUCGCCAAACAAUUGCAUGAUGAAAAUGUAAGACUUGGUCUCUCCAAUCAUAUCUUAUGCCAUAUCUUACUCUUUUUCUCUUUCAUUUGAACACUUCAUCAUCAAACAUAUAUUCUAACCCUCACUCAUCACAUCACAAUACUUGUUACAUACAUACUAGAUAUUCUCCAGUUACAAAGAUUGGGUUUUCCACAUUGUUUGGGUUCGUUGGGUCCCUUAUUCACUACUACAUCUCACUUUUUUCUUUUAUUGUUUUUUGUUUGUUUUAUAUUUGUGGUUUCAUGGUAACCUUGUCUUCUGUUCUUAUACUCAAAUCUAUGUUCCUUAUAGCUUUUUUUUCUUCUUUAAUAUCUUUCUUUCUUCUUUAUCUUUUUAAUAUUAAUUGAUUUUAGCAUUUGUUAUACACUCCUUGUUCAUGCACUUUUUCUCAUUUCUCUCAUGUGUUCCUCUUCCUUAUUGAUAAUGUACAAUCAAAAAAAUUGUUUCUUGGAAGCUGGUUAGAGGUUGAUUAUGUGUAGCCACAUGAGUUUCUUGUGGAUCAAUUGAAUUAUUUUUUAUAGGAUUGGUUCUCUCAUGAAGAUUUGAGUUUUCAAUACUUAAAAACACAUACUCUAUUGGCAAAACAAAAAAAAAUUGUAAGCCAAAAGUUUCCCUUGCACGUAAUUGCAAAGACUAAUCACUUGAGGUGUCUGGAUCCAGUUAAGGUGUUGACUGAAAAGAACAUACUCUAUUGGCAAUUUUAUGCGAAAGGAAUGUAAACUAUAUACUUUGUAAAUUUGGCAAAGAUGAGAAGCUUUUUAUGAGUUGAAAGAGUGUGGAAAAAGGAAUAGGAUGAAAGGGGCAAUUGACGAGGGAAAGGAGAUAAGUCCAAUGUUUCCUAGGUUGCAUGUUAAAGAUGCAGAGAAAGGAGGACCAAAAGCACCUCCAAGGAAUAAAAUGGCUCUCUAUGAACAAUUCAGCAUCCCUUCACAAAGUUUUGCAUCAUCAGGAUCAGGAUCAUUGUUUACUCUCCCUCUAAGAAAUUGUACAGUUCCUACAACAUCAAGCCAUCUUGGUUGUGGUCAAAGCAUCAAGUUUUACAGCUCCAAUGCAUCUUCUAUUCUAUCUGAGAAGACUCAAGCCUAUAAUUCUAGAAAGAUUAACUCAACCAAGUUGACGGCGAGUCAUGACUUAGAGCACAUGACACCAGCAAAACAAGUUACAAAGAUUCAGCAAGAUUAUUUCAUCAAUAAUAGUAAGAAUUCUUUGAAAACACUUGAUGGUGAAGAUGCUUUUAUAACUUCUGGCUCUGUUCAUGUGAAAAGUAAUCCAAGUGACAAAGAUGAAGAAAACAAACUUGCUCGCUACAAUUUGAACUGUUCGCUUAAAAGUCUAAGUUCAUUUAGAAAGGUGAUGAACUCACCUGGAACCAUAGAACUGAAAUCAGCACAAUAUGGGAAGAGCCUAAUGAAAGAGCAUAAAGAUGUGAGACAAAUUGAUCAAAAUGCAGAAGAAAAACCUCUUCACUCAUUAAAUGGUUUCAAUGACACGACAAAUGCAUCCUCAAACUCAUCGAUUAAAGAUAGGAAUUCUAAAUCAAUGAAUAAAGAACAAAGAUCGCUGAAGGAAGAAAAUAGAAAUAUUUCAGUAGAUAGCUUGAAAACAUUACAAGGUAGCAAUGGUCAUAGAUAUGAAGAUCAUGUAGCUUUUGCGGACAAAAUCAAUUUAAGGGAUCACUGCAGUGAGAAGCCAACGAUGAGUGAUUUCCAAAAAUGUUCUCGUGAGUUAGAAAUCGGUACAAGGUCCUCACAUGGCAAGAGAGAGAGGAGUAAAGAUGAGGAGACAAGUAAAAAUUAUGAUGCCUUGAAUAAAUCCAGCUCAAAAUGUAGAUUUGGUAUGGAUAUCUCCCCUGACGAUGUCGUAGGACUUAUAGGUGAAAAACAAUUUUGGAAAACAAGAAGAACGAUCAUCAAUCAACAGAGAAUCUUCUUCAUGCAAGUGUUUGAGUUGCAUAGACUUAUAAAGGUGCAAAGAUUAAUUGCUGGAUCACCAAAUCUAUUGUUUGAAGAUAAACUUUUACUCAACAAACCAUCUGUAGAAGCAUCCUCCUCCAAUAAGUUACAAUCUGACUUUAUCAGUGAACAACAGCCGACAGUUUUCAAACUCGACAGCAAGUCCGAGAAGGCCACUACUUCCGAGGAUGUUGAAAACAAUGCAGUUGGAAAGAUUUCCCUUCCUUUUGUCAACAAUAUAAGCAAAGAAAAUAAUCAGCUUUCAAAUUAUGGCAAUCAUCAUUUAGGAAACCUUGCAUUAGCCUCUGCAGAUAAAAGUUCCAAUGCCAAACACUCUCCAAACAUUGUCUACCCUCCACCACCACCAAACCAAUGGUUAGUUCCUGUCAUGUCUCCAUCUGAAGGUCUUGUAUAUAAGCCAAUCAUUGGACCAUGCCCUCCAAAUUCUGGCGGCAUCAUGACACCGUUAUACGGUGGUUGCAGUCCAAUGAGCUUCAAUCAAGGGAGCAAAGAUGUUGUUAUGGAUCCAUCUCUUACUACAAGUUUUCAUCAAAAGAUUCGACUCCUUUCUGGUUCGUCAUUACCACAAUUGUUACCACCAUGUGUUCCAUCAUUCAUGCAUAGAUCUAUAUCAGCUUCUUCUGUUGAACAAAUGGCACAAUCUAAUGGUCCUAAAAAUCAUUACUCAUCGGCAGAACUCAAUUCAACCAUACUGUACCAAAGUCCAUCUAACAUGUCCACUCAGAUAAGUCAUGUAAUGGCAAGAAAUUUUUCACCUUACCAAUCAUUGGAAGAUAAUAAAGAACUACAAAUAAGUAUAGCUAAUAGUCCAUCCAAGAGAAUGAAAAGAGAUGAACUUCCUUUGUUUCCGUUGGCACCGACGUUUUGGUCAUCACCAGAUCGCGACUCAAUUGAUGAACACCAGGAACAUCACUCAAGAGUAAUCAAAGCUCUUCCUCAUAAUCCAAAAUCAGCAAGUGAGUCAGCAGCCAAGAUAUUCAAAUCAAUACAAGAAGAAAGGAAAUUUUUGUGACAAGUUUUUUUCUUCAUAAUAUGUCUAAUAAAGCAAGAUAUUCUAAUAUGA